CCGGCGGAGAGCUGCGGAGCUGAAAUGAAGCGCACACACGGAGCAGCUCACACCGUGUAGUGGCGAGCGGCUCAGGAAGAGGCUCCACGCCGCUAAAGCUGAAGGCUGCUCCGGCUGAAUGAAGGGCUCCGUCCAUGCGGAGGCUAGCGCUCAUUCUGCUGCCCUGUGCUGUCGCCGUCCUGGUGCACUUGUGGUUGGCACAACGACCCUCCUCCACCCCGCUGGACAACAACACACACUCCGAUGAAGUGUUACCUUUCUAUGAAGUUCUGGUGGGAGUGCUGUCAGCAAGACACCAUUAUGAGCUGCGACAAGCGAUAAGGGAGACCUGGCUGGGCUACCUCCGAGAUCACCCCCACUUCCAGCACAGAGUGGGGGUGAAGUUUAUCGUCGGCGAACAUGGGUGUCCCAUUCCAGAGGAGGACAGAGAGGAUCCGUACUCCUGCUCUCUCCUGAACGUCACCGAGCCAGUGACAGGGCAGGAUGCAGAGAUGGAAAUUGUGACGGUGUCUGAUCCCUCGGUACUCGUCCCCUCCGAUGUGUCAGCCAUCGCCCUGGAUUUCAAGGUCCUCCACCCAGUGGUGAUCACCAGGUUAGGGGUGUUUCCCAGCGGGAGCCAGCCUGAGCUACAGAGCAACGUGACCGUGAAACUUCUGCAGCUGGAUCAAGAGGAGGCAGUGGUUACUGCUCGCUUCAGUGCCAUCAGCACAGGGACUCUCGUGAAGGGGAUGUGGUAUAAACCAGUGGAGCAGUUCAUCUUGCCUAAGGGUUUUGAGGGGACGCUGGUGUGGGAGAGUUUGGAUUCAGCUGGACUGACCACAGUCAACUCCUCCUCUGUGCAGCUCAAUGACGGAGGAGGCGUCCUCAAGAUCUCCUCUAUCGCAGAGGGCAUUUUGCCUCACAGAAGUGCUCUUGGAUUUCCCGGUUUGGCUGGAGGGUUCACAUUUACUAUUUACGAUGGAGACGGUCUGUCUAGGUUCCUGCGGGGCCGACCAGCCAGGAUGGAGCACCAUGCCUCCGGGCUAAGGCAGGAGGAUGCCGCCUUGCAGCAGGAGAGCCUCAGGCAUGGCGACAUGGUGUUCGUAGAUGUGGUAGACACCUACAGGAACGUGCCUUCCAAACUGCUUCGGUUCUAUAAAUGGUCUGUAGGAAACGCUGACUUUAAUCUGCUCCUGAAGACGGAUGAUGAUUGUUACAUCGAUGUGGACUCAGUAUUAAUGAAGAUUGACCACAAGGGUCUAAGGCGCAGCAAUUUCUGGUGGGGAAAUUUCAGGCAGAGCUGGGCAGUGGAUCGCAUUGGGAAGUGGCAGGAGCUGGAGUACGCUAGUCCAGCCUACCCAGCGUUUGCCUGCGGCUCGGGCUAUGUGGUCUCACAUGACCUGGUCCAGUGGCUCGCCAGUAAUGCAGAGAAACUAAAGGCCUACCAGGGAGAAGAUGUGAGCAUGGGGAUAUGGAUGGCAGCUGUUGGACCACAGAAAUAUCAGGACCCCGGCUGGCUCUGUGAGAAAGAGUGCUACCUGGACAUGCUGUCGUCUCCCCAACAUACGGCCGAGGAGCUGCACGUCCUCUGGGACAGGAAGAGGGCCUGCGGAGACCCAUGCGGUUGUUCCUGGGGUCACUAAAUCUGGCUCACACCACACUCAGCACGUGGCACCGUGGGUAAAACGCACUCAACACUGGUUGUCAGUUCAGUUCCCAUGGUUUCCUUUAAACCCUAAACUGAAACUGAGAGUUUCAUCACUUGUUAUUAUAUGACAUAAUCACAGAUUUUUGAAAUGUGGGACUUUGUGUUGGGAAAAAAAGAGUCUAUAAAUAUUUGAGAUUCCGUCGCAGGGUCUUAAUAUUUACACAAAUAUCAACAGAAAUCAUUUAAAGCUUCAGAAUGUGUUUUUAAAAGAAGUCACAUUUAGCUGUAGCGUAAUGUCUUUGUAUCAUGAGCUCAGAUAUCAAAUUUUAGAGUAAAUUUAUCGAAACAUCAAAUUAGUGGAGUGAAAAAUGACUCUGGAUCAAAGUUGAGAUGUUUUAAGUUAUGUGAUCACUGACAGUGAUGGGAGGAAGAAAAACAUGCACUACCAGCAUGUGAUGGUUAUCAUGUACAGAAACAUUGCUCUAAGACUUGAGUACUUUGUAAUAUUAUAAUUAUUGGUACUCUGAUACUUGACAGACUUAAACCUUUUGGUUUAAAUGGGAAAUGUCAUGCUGAUUUGAAGAUGUUUGCUUUACAUUGCUAUUUUUUGUAAAUUAUAAUCUCAAGCUUUUCAUCCUCUCCACUAUUUGUAGAUUUAUGAUGAGCUUUCUCACAAACACACAGUUUGUACUGUAACUGUCAUUGUGCAAAUAGUGUUGUGGCCUUAUGUAUCUGUUCAGCGUCAUUCGUAUGUUAACACUUGUGAUAAAAAUGAACAAAACACAGAUUUUAAUUGGACAGAUCCAUGUAUUUGCAACCCUAAUUUUUGGAACUUGAUCAAGCAGUCAGAGUGACUGUGAAAUAGUGUUGUUAGUUUAACACUGAUUUUAUGAAACCCUCCUCACAGGUAAUAAAGAACACUAAA